AUGUCAACAUUUAUUGAAAUUGAUAUAGGACCGGAAUUAGAAUCGAACCAAAUAAUACAACAGUCCCUAUUGUCUCCUUUAAAACAACAGUACAUGCAACAGGAUGAAGAAAGAAUACGUAGACGUCAAUUACUUCUUGAGAGACGUCGUAAGUUACGUGAAAGACGUCGUAGGUUACGCGAAAGAAAUCAAGGGCAAGCUGAAAUUGAAAUGGAAUUUAAUUAUGC